UGGGAAGUGCAGUUAGCCCUGCAGGCACUGAGCACGCCGUCCUUUCAGCCAAUUCAAGGAUUGAAGUUCAGAGAAAAUGCAAGAAUCUGUCUUUGUGCCAGCAGCUGAGAAGGUGGAUAAAGGUUCUUCAUGCUUCUGUUCCCCCCCUCUGCUCCGGGACCCCUGAUGUAGGACAGAACAUCAGCAGGAAACCAACACCAGUAAAAACUAAAGGCCGUUGCGCGGCCGCCAUGGUGACCAUCGUGAUGGAGCGGAUCGGGCGGCUGUUCAUCAGCCUGCAGCAGAUCCGCCAGGUGCCCAGGAUGCUGGCCGAGGCGGCGCCCUCCGUGCCCAGCACGCUCCGGGACACCGAGGUGCCCAGCGAGUUCCGGGAGCGCUACAUCUGCAGCGGCUACCGGCCGCUCCACCAGCCCUGGCGCUACUACUUCCUGUCCCUGUUCCGGUGCCACAACGAGACCGUCAACGUGUGGACGCACCUGCUGGCCUUCUGCGUCUUUCUGGCCAAACUCCGGCAGAUUUCUGAGAGCGUGGACUUCCUGGACGACCGCCACUCGUGGCCCCUGCUCAUCCUCAUCGUCUCCUCGCUGAUCUACUCGGCCUGCAGCGUGGCCGCUCACCUGCUGGGGGGUAAAUCCGAGCUGUGCCACUACUGCUUCUUCUUCCUGGACUACGUCGGGGUGGGCCAGUGCCAGUACGGCAGCGCCGUGGUCCACUUCUACUACGCCAUGGACGAGACCAUGUACGGGUACGUCGGCGGGGCCUUCAUGCCCGUGGCCGCCCUGCUCUGCUGCCUGUCCUGCCUGGGAUGCUGCUACGGGAAGCACCGCGCUCACAGCCCCACGCCGGCCUGGGUCUGCAAGAUGUGCCAGGUGGUUCCCUCGGCGCUGGCGUACUUCUGGGACAGCAGCCCGGUGAACAGCAGACUCCUGGCCUGGUCCGGGGACGACCCCGUCAAGGUCUACUACCUGGGGCAGGUGCUGCUCUUCCUCAGCGCGGCCUUCUUCUUCACCUUCCCGCUGCCGCAGUGCGUCCUCCCCGGCCGAUGCGACUUCAUGGGACACAACCACCAGAUCUUCCACGUGCUGCUGUCCUGCUGCACCCUGUGCCAGAUCCACACCUACCAGCUGGAGCUCGCCGUCCGCAGGGAGCUGUACUCCCGGCUGCACGGCGGCGGCGACCCCGCUCUGCUCGUCGCGCUCUAUGUGUUCACCUUGGCCGCGUGUUCGCUGAUCGCAGCCUUCAUGUUCCUCAAGGUGAAGCAAGGUUUUGACCGAAAAGCCAAAUUUAAAUAGAGGAUUGGGACAGAUUCACCACACAGCAAAAGCCACAGGUGGAAAUACUUGCUUUUUCCAAGUGGAGGCUUUGCACUGGGUCACUGGAUUGUCUCCGUUUGGAAAUCUGACAGUGAUGACAGGAUGAUCUGUGCACAAUACUUCUCAUAUUUGCUUGCACUCCCAACUUUUAAGUAAAAAAACCAAACAAAAAAAAAAGAAACCCCUCUUGUUUUCAUUUAACAUCAGACUUGGUACUAAAUAUCAACCUUUUACACGCCACUCAUUGAAUUAUUUACCUUUCGCACGUUUCUAAUUUCUAAGUUAUAUUUUAAGAAAAUGCGAAAUUAUUUUUAUUUGUUAAUGGGGGUUUUUUCCAAAUUUUUAAAAACAUACCAUUUUAUUCAGUCAUGAACGUAUAUUAAAAUCUAUUUUAAAGUGUGUAACCGACCAAACUCCCAUCCAUUUCAGAAUGUCUGAAAAUUAAAAUGUCAAACAUUUCUUGCUGGAUUUUCAAGAAAGUUGAUUACAAAAGGACCAAUGAUUUAUAGUGUUCUGUACUAUUCCCACGGGACUAGAAUUACCUGUGGACCUCUGGUAAUUUGUGAUUCACCCCCUGACAUCUGUGUUUUCUCUUCAUUGCAUUCGAACGGGACAGAGAACUGUUUGCAGACAUUGCGGCCAGAUAUGAUCCUAGAUGGAUGCGAUGAUCACAAACCAACAAUGUUUAUGCUUCUGUUCUGUUAUGUGCAUCAUAACUCUGAACCUGAAAUGAGCAAAAGAAAUAAAAAAAAUAAACUGUGCAUGAACGUAAACCAAAAUGUGCUUACAAAGAAAGGAGUGAGAACAAAGUAUUCAAUAGUUCUAAGUUCUAAUUGACAAUAACAGGGCCUUAGUGUGAAUGUCUGUCCAUACUUAUAAGGGAUAUUAUCUAAACGGUUGUUUCCUUAACAACUACAAGUGAAUUUUCCUCCAAAGCUGCAGCUUUCCUCCCAUCAGCAGACAGUUCAUCCAUAUUUCCUGCUGAUUUUUUACUUUUUUUUGCCUCGUACAUUCACUAAGCUGUUAAAUAAUUCAUAUUGUGAGGAAACAAUGACUUGGUUUGAGAUAUGUUUUUCUCUUUUUUGAAGGAUGGUUCAUGGAUACGGUAAAAUCUGAGAAUCGUUUCACUACAUCUUCACAGAAUCAGGCGAUGGAGCAGUGCAACAUGUCCAGUGAUUUAGUCCAAAACUUUCUGUACUUCGUUAAUUGCUGAGAAUUUCAUUCCUACGCUUUUGUACCAGUUUGUACUUGUUUUAAAAGAGAUAUUCAGAUGAUUCUCUCAAUGUUUACAUGCGUGUGGAUUCAUUUUUUCCACUUUGUGCGCACAGUUUUGUCAUUUAGAAUUUAUUGAAGUUUGAAAAUUAAACAUUUCAAGCUGUGG